AGCUGUGUAGGCUAUGCCAUUUUCCUCUGCAGAGCUGAAAAAACAGGAAGAGGAAGACCAGCUUGUGGUAACGAAUCUAAAAUCAGCAAUGUUAAGGUUCGUGACUGCCACUGGUAGCUGUGCUAAUUGUGCAAACAGUGGGUGCAUGAAGGGUUUAAUGGUUGAUUAAAUGAGUGUGGCAGGAUGGAAGGUAUCUGUGGUGAUAAGAGAUGGUUACUCCCUCUAGCUCUAAUACAUCAAAAUAUGAGUAAACAAUGCCACACUCACUGUAUUAGCUUAUUAGCUGAAUGUGAGCUGGAUAUUGAUUUUAGUUUGCAUUUCGGCUUGUAUGAAAAGACAGUUCAUUUGAAAUCACUCUUUGAAAAUGGAUGUUUUUGCUGCCCAGUGAUUGAGGUGUGCCCUGCAUGUGUAUGUGUGUGUGCAUACACGUGUCAGGCUAGAUAUGACUCAAAAAUUUCAUGUGGGCUGGAUUUCCUUUGUGUUUUAUGCAUUGAGCAGGACAAAGCUGUGCUGGCAGCAGACACCCCGAUGCCACAUCACUCGAUGUUCCAUACCAACAUGUUCAGCGGCCAUGCUAAUGUCUGGAUUCCAGGUCUUCUUCCUCCUCCUAACCCUCAGCUCCCUCUCACCCCUGUUUUAUUACAGCUUUUUUGGCCAAAAGUUGCAUGUGCAGCAAUAUCAUCAAGGUGUUCUUCAGAAAAACAUCAGCAUCCUGCUGUGGCACUGGCCAUUCGGCCACUCCUAUAGACUCAGUGGAGACAAAUGCCUCACCAUGUUUAACAUCAGCCACUGUUCCCUCACUGAUAACACCUCCACCUUCUCCACUGCUGAUGUUGUUGUGUUCCACCAUCAGGAGCUGAGCAGAGGUCUGUCAUCUCUGCCUCUGCACCUGGAUCGACCUGCUUCUCAGCACUGGGUGUGGCUCUCCAUGGAGCCUCCUGUCAACAAUGCAAACCUCUCACGGUUCAACGGCCUCUUCAACUGGACGAUGAGUUACAGACGUGAUGCAGAUAUAUUCAUUCCAUAUGGAAAAACCAUCAUGAAACGCGAUGACCUAGGCUUCCAGGCUGUGUCAAACCGCUCCUGCCUUGUCAGUUGGGUGGUCAGCAAAUAUCGGCCUCAGCAGGCUCGGGCUGGUAUUUACGAAAGUCUAAAGAAGUAUAUACCCAUAGAGGUGUACGGCAAAUGGAACAAGAAACCUCUAUCUGACAAGAAAUUGUUGCCAACCAUUGCAAAGUGUCUAUUUUACCUGUCUUUCGAAAACUCUGAGGCAAAAGACUACAUCACAGAGAAGCUCUGGAGGAAUGCCUUUCAAGCAGGGGUCAUACCGGUGGUUCUGGGCCCAAGCAGGGCCACCUAUGAGGCCGUUGCUCCCCCGCAUUCCUUUAUUCAUGUGGCUGAUUUCAAGCACACAGCAGAUCUAGCUACCUAUCUGAAACAUGUUAUUGCAGACAGGCAGACAUAUGAGAUGUACUUCAAGUGGCACCGCACUCACAGAAUCAAAACCUACACUGACUGGAGAGAAAGACUGUGUCAGAUCUGUGUCAAAUAUCCCAAUUUACCAGUCAAUAAAGUCUACCAGGACCUGGAGAGAUGGGUUAACAACUAAGAUUUUAUCUCUCUGUGCAUUCAGGUCAAUGAUGUGUUUUGAUUGGGGCUGCUAAUACGACUGGGUUAAAAAACAGUUUGAUGUACGCGUCUUGUUCAGCAGUGCAGCUUUGGGAAACAGAGAGGAACUGCAAACCACAGAAACUGUUUUGACGGUGUUGGCUGUGCCCUGUACAAAAUGCUGAAGAGGGAACUUUGUGUAAUCAUAAAUAAACGUGUUCCAUUUGUUUUAA